AUGCCCCUGACCCAGAAGACUGCAACCAGGGCAGGCCUGACCCCCGGCAGCACCCCUUGGUUCCAGCUUAUCCUAGAAGCCUUGGGCUGGUGGAGAUCUUUUGCCCACAAAAGCGGGUGGGUCAUAAAUGUGCUGGGCCCCUAUUUCCCCCUCCCUGCACCCCACACGGAGUUAGGAGCAGGAGCCGCGGGGGAAGAAGCCAGGGAACAACCUGAAGUGGCGAGGGGCGGGCUGUGCCCGGAUCCCGGGGCGGGGCAGGCGCGGAGCCCCGGCCCGGCGCUGCAGAGGGAGACGGGGAGCGCCCGGAGGGCGAUGGAGGGGGAGCCCCCGGGUCCCGGGGAGCAGGCGCUGCAGGAGUUCCAGACCCUGGUGGAGCUGGUCGGGGGGAAGCCAGAGGUGCUGCUGGUCGGGGAGGUGCUGGAAGGGGGGGAGACCCGGGCGCUGCUGGGGGCUUUUGCCCAGGAGCUCUUCGGGGAGCAGCCCGGGGACCAGGCGGGCAGCGAGGGGAAGCCAGGGGAGCAGCCCGGGGACCAGGCGGGCAGCGAGGGGAAGCCAGGGGAGCGGCCCGGGGACCAGGCGGGCAGCGGGGGGAAACCGGGGGAGCGGCCCGGGGACCAAGCGGGCGGCGGGGGGAAGCCGCCUCCCCAGGUCCGGGUGUGCCUCGGCCCCGGCGGCGCCGGCCGGGAGAUCCGCUCCCCGCUCAUCUUCCUGCUGUGCCGGGCCGGCUCCUUGCAGCCGCGGCGGGCCCGGGCCCGCCUGCGGGAGAUCGCGCGGGACCUGCGGAGCCGGCUGCCCCGGGGCCCGCCGGCCGCCCUGGUGGGGGUGAUCGUGCAGCCCGGCCCCGGCGAGGAGGAGGAGGCGGCGGCGCUGCUGGAGGCGCUGCUGGGCGAGGUCUUCCAGGAGCACCGGGCCGGGCUGCAGGACACGGUGCAAGCCGCAGCCUACAGACCCGGCCGCCUGGACGGGACACUGGAGGUCCGGAGAGCCGCCUGCCGAGCCUUGCGAGCGGCCCUGCAGCACCGGGCAGGUGGGGAGGAGAGAGAAAAGCGGAGAUUCCCCUCCCUCCUGCGGUGCGUCCCCUGGGGCAGGAGGAGCCGGAGAAGAGGCCGAUCGGCUAAUGCUGCCAACAACCUUCAUGAGGGUGGCCUGCAGGACCCCGAGGAGGGAGUGGCUCUGACAGGCAUGUCACUUAGCGGAAACCAUGAAGAAGCAAGCAGAGGCACAGGCGCUUAAAGCUGUUGGAUGGCGUCAAGGCACCACCCUUGCUGAUUUGCUCUUAUAGCGUGAGGACGACGGGCUGAAUUCACCCAGGUGAUCUUCUGGAAAGGGGACAUGGAAGCCAUCGUGCAGCUCUCGGGAAAAGCUGCUACCUUCUGUAGCAACAAACAGUGUCCGAACCAGAUAACCGUCCUGCUCCCACCCCACCAUUGCUGCAGCAAAACCCAGAGGGGGGUCAUGUUCUACCACCCGGUAGAGUUCAUUUCUAGAUGCUAAAAUGGACUGUGGACCUUUAAGAAAUCCCGUUGGAUGCAUUUCACUGGGGAUGUGACAGUGCAGGAAUCCCAGGUAUAAAAAGUGCCCAGCUGCUAAAAGAGAGAGUCUCUCAUUUGAACAACAAAAUUCCCCUCCAAGAGGCCUUCUGGGUUUCUUUGCUGAUGAAACCAAUCUUCUGCCUUGCCCUCGUGCUUUAUUGCUGUUCUAAAGCUCCAGAUAGCGGCCUCAAUAGACCUUCCAUUUUCUGUUCUAGCUCCCCCGUUAGGAAACAACAGGCAAGUGGGGGAGAGAGCGAUAGAGCUGCAGGGAGGUCACGGUGGGACUGGUCAUCUCCAUGUACAGGCCUUGGGACAUACUGGCGAGUUGAAGAGGAUUGAAUGCAAUAAUCUAAUGUGAAGAAAGGCAAUAAUUGUUGCUGUCAUGCCGUACGAUCCUGUGCACGGUGCAGAAGUCACUGAUGAUCAUGUCAAUAGGAGAGCGGUCUGAGAGAGCAGAUCAUGCCACACGGCUAAUCCUGGUGCUGAGUGAGUGAUUUACAGGUUGCAUUGGAGGCAGAGCAACCGACAACGCUUAUAGCAUUUCCACGUUCUGAUGGGGGUGACAGAUGUCCAUCUCCCCCCGCCAACUUCUCAACCGUGGGAUCCCAACAACCACAUGGCUUUCAGGCCCCGCAGAUCACCCCAUACAUUCCUCUCUCUUAAAGAUGUGACUUAAUAUAUUGUUUUUAGGAAAUACAAUCUAUAUAUUUUAUAGUUUUCAAAGGUAUUUUUUUAACCUGUCUGGCAACCAAUUGUUUUAAUUAGGCUUUUACUUCCAUGGAGUAUUAAUGGGACACUGGGUAUGUCCAGCUACAGCAUAACACAGGUUUGAGUUUGGCUUGGUUUUCCGUUCUCUCCGUUGCGAGUUUUCAUCUGGAUCAGGCUGUUGGCAGGACUGUCUCGCCUCGAUUACGUCCCAUUUCACUGUCCUCCAGGCUGGCUGAGCGGCUCUUUCAUUUGGGUCAGUCCAUCUACAAUCGUUUUGUCUUCCGUUGUUCUUUGGUUGGCAGAGAAGCGGCUCAUAGCUGAGCACUGUGUAAUCCUAGCCAAUCCAAACUCCUGAUCAGAUGAAAAUUGGUCACGUCCCUCCUGAGAGCAAUGUGCCUUAGGCAUUCCUUAUCUAUUGUGUAGAGUAGGGGUGGGCAGCCAGGACACCUGGGUUCUGUACCCAGUUCUGACCACGGACUAAUAAUUUAAUUUCUCUGUGCUUCAAUUUCCUCAACUGUAGAAUGGGGAUUUUGAUAUUUACCUACCUCACACAGGCCUCAUUAAUCUCUGACAAGUGCUGUGAGAUCCUUGGAGGUGCCAGAGAAGGGCAAUGGGAGAACAAGAGUGUACUAUAGCCUACAUGUUAACAUUUUUCCCUUCUGGGGUCUCCCAAUGGUGCUGCAGUGAUGUUUCUGCUGAAUGAAAGCGGCUCGCUGCAUCUGGGGUGAUUCGGUGGCUGCUGAGCAGUGGAAAAGAGCAUUAGGGUGUCAGGGUGGGGGGGGAGUGGGAGGGACAGAGUAGCUUGGUAAAUGGGGAAAUGUUUUCUCUGAUCCUCGACUGGUGUUUGGAGAAAUUCUUUGGUGGAAUUUUAUGUUGUAAUUCAGGUCACUUGAGAACUUUGCUGCUGAGAGUCUUUGUGGCUCAUGACUUAGGCCUUGUCAACGUAUGUGUGUUCAUAACUCUGAGGUUCUACUGUAGUGUCAUAGCAUGUAAGAGUUUAUAUAUGGGGGACCAACACCACCCCGCUUCCAGAUCACGAGGUAUUCUGUACGUUAAAUUUGCUUUGAGGGAACAUGGUUACAAGCAAAUUGAAAAUACAAAUGUAAUAAUGUGAUUUAGUAAAGUCAUUUAUUGUGGGUGGCUGCGUAUGUGAUGCUGAAUUUCAACACUGAGUGGGAAACAGUUGAUAGUUCCAGUACUUGAAGUGAGCGCAUUAGCUAGCAUUGUCUUCUAGCACAGCUCAUCUGUGGAGCUUUGCAGGUAGAUAGAGGGCAUGUCUACGCUACAAAAUUAAGUCAAUUUACGUUAAGUUGAUGUACAGCCACCGUGGUAAUUAAAGUGGUGGUUCACAUCCACACUUGCUCCUUCUGUCAGUGAUGAGCGUCCUCACCAGGAGCGCUUCCACCGACUGAAGUGGGGCAUUGAGAGACACUGACAGCUGGAGCCUGGUAGCCCUGAGGUUCACAGCUGUGCCCGUUCUCCCCUGCCCCCCGCUGACAGCCAUGCGCGGGCUCACAGUCAAAAGGCAAUGUAAGUAAAGUCUACAUGGACAUUGCGUCACCUCAACUACAUCGACAUAUGUGCUACGCCGUUCGUGGAGUAGUUAGGUCGGUGUAGCUGGUCACUUACUUGGGCAGAAGCAGCAUUGAAGUGUACACACUGACAUAAUUAGGUUGACGUAAGCUGCCUUACCUCGACCAUAACUGUAAUGUAAACCAGGCCUGAGUCUGUUAUGUAUUUACGUUUCUUUCUGUUUGUCUCUAAAUUAAGAGCAGGUCACUUAUUCGAAGUCUUCCUAUUAAUUUAAAUGUUUACUCCCAUAACAGCGGUGACGGUGUUAUGCAAAUCUUUGUAAUCUGUUAAGGCCUGAUGAAUUAACCAUUUAAAUUAUCGCUAUAGAGACCAACAAAAUGUAUACGGACUUGGGCCCAAAUUCUGCUCCAGAUUUACACACGUAGUACUUUAUUGAAGUCAAUGGAAUCAUUCUAGAUUUAUAUGGAAGUAAACAGGAGCAGAGCUGGCCCCAUGUACCUUCCACUGGACAUUAGUCUAAAGAAGGAAAGUGACUUGGAUGAUUUUUUUUUAACAGGUUAACUGGCCUUUUAUAGGUGAAACAGGUGUUUUAUGUAAUAUUUAAUUGGGGGACUAAUUUGGGACAUUGUUACCUUAAAUACUUGAUGUCAGGAAUAAAUAAACCGAUUUAAAUCCUGUACUGUA